GAUGUUGAGCGUGCAAAGUUGGAGGCUUUUGUGAGGAAUCUGAAGUUAUCAGGACAUGUUGGAUUCGACAGUUUGCCUGAUCAACUGGUUAAUAAGUCAGUUCAGAAUGGAUUCGUGUUCAACAUUUUGUGCAUUGGUGAAACUGGACUCGGAAAAUCAACGCUCAUGGACUCACUUUUCAACACAAGUUUCGAAUCAAGCCCAAGUUCUCAUAAUUUACCUGCGGUUAAGUUAAAGGCUCAUACUUACGAGUUGCAAGAGAGCAACGUUAGACUGAAACUUACUAUCGUCGACACAGUUGGAUAUGGCGACCAAAUCAAUAAGGAGGAUAGUUUCAAAGCUGUUGUUGAUUAUAUAGAUGCGCAAUUCGAGGCUUAUUUGCAGGAAGAACUUAAAAUUAAACGAUCUCUUUCUGCGUACCACGACAGUCGCAUUCACGUUUGUCUCUACUUUAUAUGCCCUACAGGCCAUGGGCUAAAAUCCAUCGAUUUGGUGUGUAUGAAGAAGCUGGAUACCAAAGUUAAUGUCAUUCCGAUCAUCGCCAAGGCUGAUACAAUUUCUAAGACUGAAUUACAAAAGUUUAAGGGUAAAAUAAUAUCAGAAUUGCAAAACAAUGGAGUCCACAUUUACCAAUUUCCAACUGAUGAUGAAAGUGUUGCCGAUGUCAACUGCACGAUGAAUGCUCACGUUCCAUUUGCAGUCGUUGGUAGUACAGAUUUUGUCCGAGUGGGAAACAAAAUGAUGCGAUCUCGCCAAUAUCCAUGGGGCACAGUUCAAGUGGAAAAUGAGUCACACUGCGAUUUUGUGAAACUCCGCGAAAUGCUUAUUAGGACCAACAUGGAAGAUAUGCGGGAGAAAACACAUUGUCGUCACUACGAACUGUAUCGUAAAAAAAGACUUGAGCAGAUGGGAUUCAGUGACGUCGACAGCGAUAAUAAACCUGUAAGUUUCCAACAAACUUGUGAAGCAAAACGCUCGACCCACUUGCAAGAACUUCAACAGAAGGAAGAUGAAAUGAGACAAAUGUUUGUGGCACGUGUCAAAGACGCUGAAGCUGAAUUGAAGGAGGCAGAGAAAGAACUACACAGCAGGUUCGAUAAGCUGAAGAAGGACCAUACUGAGGAAAAGAAAAAGCUCGAGGAGAGUCGCAAAAAAUUGGAGGAUGAUAUCCAAGAGUUCAACCGUAGAAAGGUCCAGGUUGCUCAACAAUCGCAACAUCAUACUCUAACUUUAGGAAAAAGCAAGAAGAAGUGAAGGCAAAAAGUUUCGUAUUAAAAUUUUUUUAAUGCUAUCACGUAAUUAAUGUUAUUUAUCAGUUACUCUUCCACUAGUAUAUUUCUUGUUGAAGGCUCUUUCAGUUCUGGGCACACUCCAAAGUUAGAAAUGUAAUAUAUCAAUUUUGAUACAUUUGUAUGUAUUUAAUUAGUCCCUAAGGUCCUUUAUACACGCACACUGAAUAAAUCGAAGGAUAUUUAGGUAAAA